AUGCUGAAAGGUGCUCGUUACACAUCGUGUUCUUUGAUCGAUUUUUCAAUACAUCUUCCUCAUUGUUCAUCCCACUCAGCUCUUCAGGAAUAUGUUCCCGAGGACUCGAGGGAAACACGUAUCCUCGGCCGAUUUCCGAUGCGUAAUCGCUUCAUCUCCGAUUACAUUUACCGUUCAACCGGAAAGGUCAGAUCCGCCAAGCAGGUGGGCAGUCGUCUUCAACAACUCAGAGACACUGCCGAGGGUCGCCAAUUAAUCGAUUCCCUCACGCGCUGUUAUCGUGCUCCUACUCGGCCUCAAUCAGCCGCUGCCUACUUAUGUUCGAACGCGGGUACUUCACGGUGCCAACCCUCGUCCCCACUCUUGACCGGUGAAACCUUCCUACAUACUAUACCAUCUGACGUUUCCUCCUCCGAUUCAUCCUGCUCCUCCUCACCAUCCUGCUCCCUUACUCCACUAACACCACUAGACAACGUCCUCGUUAUGUCACCACCGCCAUCCACGUCAAAGCAGUCCCAAACUGCAGAUUCAAGGACGCCAGUGUACAUCGAUAUCCUUCCCGACCCUUCAAGCCCCCGCUGGUCAUCCUCAACUCAUUCUAAUUCCCCAUUGUCAUUUUCUGCUACCUCUUCUCCAUCUUCUUCGUCCUCUUCUUCCAUAAGGCCACCGGGUGGCUCUGGGCCGGCGCGCCGCAUGCGCGACAUCGAACCGAUUGUCACCUUCGUAUCACCAACGCCCGUGGUGGGAAAGUCGUCCUAUAUUGUCCUGUUAGAUGGAGCACCCGUGCAUUCGGAGGACACUAAGUUGGAGUAUGUGGGACCUUACUAUUCUCCUGGACCUACUUCCACCUCCACUUCUUCAUCCGUACCUUCGCCGCCGUCGAAAAACGACAGACCAUCGCUGUAUAAUACAGCUUUAGUGCCCAAGUACUGGGACAUAUUGUGUAAAGCUACAGGUCGGUGUUCCACUCAUUCCCGGGGGAAUAUGCUGAUGGGAGUGCUUCCUUAA